AUGGCGGCGUCCUGCGUGAGGAGCUUGGGGAAGGUCGGCCGGCUGCUUCUACACAACACAACUUUCCCAGGAGGGAAUCCGGCGCUGGUUUCCACGCGGCUCUCUGCGCGAGCUUACAGCGGCUUUCCGCGCGGCUUUGCACGCGCUGUGAGGCGGACCGGAAGCGGCGGAGUGGCGCUCAGGUGUGCGUUCCUGCUCGGAGGUGGACUCGGUUUGUACCACACCGUUAAACACACUCUGCUGCAGAGACACCACGCAGAACAACAGCUCCAGGCAGCAGGUGUGGUGUGGGAUCUGAAGCUGACGCUGUAUCAGUAUAAGACCUGUCCGUUCUGCAGUAAAGUGCGCGCCUUCCUGGACUAUCAUGGCCUCCCGUACGACGUCGUGGAGGUCAACCCCGUCAUGCGGCAGGAAAUCAAGUGGUCCACGUACAGGAAAGUUCCCAUCCUGAUGGUGAACGAAAGCAUCCAACUGAACGACUCGUCUGUCAUCAUCAGCGCUCUGAUGACGUACCUGAUCAGCAGGGAGAAGUCCGUUCCUGAGGUCCUGGCCUGUUACCCCGAGAUGAAGGGGAAGAACGACAGAGGGAAAGAAGUGAUAGAGUUCGGGAACAAGUACUGGGUGAUGGUGGACGAAACCAAACACACGCACUACUACCCUGAGAAAACGUCCAGGCAAGAGGAAAUAAAAUGGCGUAAAUGGGCAGACGACUGGCUCGUGCACCUCAUCUCCCCUAACGUGUACCGGACCCCGGCCGAGGCCCUGGCUUCCUUCGACUACAUCGUCCGCGAGGGAAAGUUCGGCGCGUUCGAAGGCUUCUUCGCCAAGUACGUAGGAGCGGCGGCCAUGUGGCUCAUCUCCAAACGACUGAAGAACAGACACAACCUGCAGGACGACGUGAGGCAGGACCUGUACAAGGCGGUGAACGACUGGGUGGCGGCCAUCGGGAAAAAGAAGACAUUCAUGGGAGGAGAAAACCCCAACCUCGCCGAUCUGGCGGUGUUUGGUGUUCUGAGGGUCAUGGAGGGUCUUGAGGCUUUCGACGACAUGAUGGAGAACACGAAAGUGAAGAAGUGGUACAGACGCAUGCAGGACGCCAUGCGCCAUCGUCCCGAAUGAUCCGCACACCCCUUCGGUUCUGCCUCGAACGGGUCCCUUUUACAGAACGUAACGGCGUGGGUCGUGAAGCCAAUCGGGCGAGCGGUGUGCGGCGUACGAUAACGUACAGGACGUUCCGCGGCUUUCCUUUCCACUUCAUCCGAUUCAUCCUGUGUCUGAUUUCUGAUAAUUUAUUUCUUUCUCUCUCUGCUAUGCUGUAAUGAUAAAUAAGGAGUAACGAGAGCAGCAAUAAAGAGUACUGACGAACCGACGCGGAUCAGGCCGCUGAUUCCGGCUCCUGCACUGACUUUACUCGCCCGAUUGAAAUUAAAAAUCUCUGAAACACG